UUUUCUUCCCCUUUCCUCCCCCUCUCCACCUCCCUCAUAUUUCUGUUCCUUCAACUCAAAAACCAUCUGAUUCUUUCUGAAUUCUCACUCGAAACCAUCGUAGUUACCUUAACUUUCCCCGUGGAUGCCUCUCCGAGAUGGCUCCGAAGUCCCAGAAACAGGCACACGGCACUCUCACGACUGAGCCCACAUUCGUCGUGAAACAAACCAAAUCACAGACAGCACCAUUGACUGCAAAUGAGCAAGCGACCAGUGUGAAGCAAAGCCUGGAGCUUGUCCAAACUGUCGUUCACGCUUCAAUCAGCACUCUACUCUACCUGCGGCAGCUGUUCGACGAAAAGUGCUUCGAUAAACAACGGUACAUCAUCAGCAACAACCAUACGUCCUACAGAGACUAUGCAGAGGGCAAGAACGCAAUUCCCCUCCAGCCCGGGGACGUGCCUGGCAAGUACCUGCAGAUUAUGAGACGGAACCGCAGCUCUCGGUUGAAUCAUCUCAUCGAUUGGCUGGAGCAUGGUGCUUUUAGAAGUCUUCAAGACGGGACGCUCCGUGCUUUGCAGCUCUCCAUCAUGGAGAACCCUGACGAGUCUGACAAAGUCCUGGAAUUGUUCACGUUCACAUUCGACGACAAACAUACCAACGACGGUCUCGAUAAGGAAGGUCCCAUCUUCCAGUUAGGCAGCAUCAACAGUAGUCGUAUCACCAACCGCAAUGUUGCAUCCAAAAUCCAGAGUUUCGUACAACAGAUCGUUUCCUUAGAUUACUUUGCACCACGUCUACCAGAACUUGUCGGCAUACAGUUUCACUUAUUCCUAAAUGAGGAAUGUGCACCCGGUUUCGAAGCACCGGGAUUCACGCCCUCUGAGAAUCUCUUUGUGCUGUUCCCGGAUGUUGAAGAUGGUGUCAAAUCGUAUCAUGUACCUCAAGUUGAUGCCGGCUUCCACCAGAUCUCCCUUCACUGCACUCACCGAAGCCAGAGUGACGACAGGGAUGGAUCACUAACACCAUUUCCCGGGCAAUUUGCCUACCGAAUUUCCCAUGAUCGAUGCCAAUAUGUUCAUCUUGAAGCAGAAAAACAGGAUCUCGAUUUGCCCACCGAUCAUGCUCAGCGUAACGCGAAAGUGACGGAAGAACCUGUGCAAGACACACCCAUGGAGGAUUCAAGUAGUACCGCAAGCGAGUCCAUCGAGCCUGAAGCUCUCGUGUAUCGAGAGAAGCUUCAACAAAUGGUAUGUGUUCCCUUGCUGGAUGAAACACGUUUGUAACGAUGAUUUAGCAACAAUCGCUCUCCGCAACUUAUAUCAUCGAUGAUACACAACCACAAGGCGAACCGACGCAGCCGAGUGUAUCCAUCGCACGAA